AGAUAUUUGAACACACGAACUGCAGAUAACUCACUAAUUUAGGAAGAAAUUUCUUCGUAGUCUGUUGGAAAUACAUCUAGUGUGGACUUGAACAAAUCAAUAUCUGAAAGAAUAACUGGUAUUUGAUUUCAAUUAAAAAUUCUGAUUUUCGUUCAAAAACAACUUUAAACAAUGGUAGACUAUUAUAAAAUUCUCGACAUAUCGAGAAAUGCGACGGAAAGCGAAGUUAAAAAAGCCUAUAAAAAACUGGCGCUGAAGUGGCAUCCUGAUAAAAAUCCUGACAACUUGGAAGAAGCUAAUAAACGCUUUAGAGAGCUAUCCGAAGCAUACGAGGUUUUAUCCGAUGCACGUAAACGGAAAAUAUAUGAUGGGCGAGCAACCCUCAAUAAGGAAGGGUCAAACUAUAACUUCGCGAAUUCCACUGGAUAUACAAGUAGCAGCGGUUACAGAUAUAGAACUCGUGCAGAUCCUAAACGUAACCAUAACUUCAACUACAAUGAUGACGACUACAGUAGACAUGAAAAUAGUUCAACGAAACGUGGAAACCGUCAUCAGACCUUCACCUUCCGCAAUCUAUUUGAGUGGACACCAUUUCAUAAAUUAUUUGAAAAAAAACGACGUGUUUACGACCAGUACGGUAAAGAGGGUUUGCUGGGAGACCGUGGCCAUCAUCGGUCUUCGCGUCAUCAUCAUACACAUGAUUUCGAAGAUUUUGAUAUAAUGGGAGGUUUUCCAUUCGUAUUUCGCCCACCAGAGGAAGUUUUCCGUGAAUUUUUUGGUGUAAAUUCGCCAUUUGCUGAUUUGUUUAGAGAUGUACAUGGCUAUCCACAGUCGAAUAGACAGAAUAAUGGGCUAAGUAGCAGUGGACGUCAGCAUGUUGGUACAAAAUUGGCUUCACCAUUUGGAGCGCCUAUGCUGAACUAUUCUAUGAUGGAUUUCAUGAUGCCUUCAAAUGGAUUCACCUCGUUUAGCUCAAUCAACUCAAUGUCAAAUGGAAGGAAUGGUCCGGGAAAUGGGGCAGUCAAACGCACUUCCACCUCAACGACAUUCGUUAAUGGUAAAAAACUGAUGACUAAACGAGUCUAUGAAAAUGGAAAGGAGACUGUCUUUUCAUAUGAAAAUGAUGUCCUAAAAUCAAAGACUGUGAACGGAGUUGCGCAGAAACUCUCUUCAAUCACAAAUUAGAAAAAGUCAUAAAUGUGUUAAAAUAUAAGAAGAGGAAAAGUUAUUAAUCUACACAGUGUCCCUGAAACCUUCCUCUCUUUGACUAGGAUUUUCCACUACCAUAGUUUAUUUAAUUUGGUUAUUAUUUUUAUACGAAUAUUUUUAAUUCUAACAUAAAUUAGUUAGCGAUUAGUGAAGAGAAUUUAUUUAACUAUUCUCUUUGGCAGUAUGCUUAUUUAACAUAAUCAGAAUAUAUAGAUGUGAAGGUAAACGCUACGAAAUGUUAAUUAGCCAUCGAUAGCUGAGGAAAGACAACUAUUUUAAUUCUAAAAAUUGUGAAAUAUUAUUCAUUGAAAAAAUUAAUACUCGUUUUAAUUUUAUUAAGCACGUAAUAUAAUUUUUCUAUAAUUAGUUCACACAAAACUAGGGGCGUGCGUCUAAGCAGUACUCAUAACUAAAUUACUUUUAUAAAGUGUGUAAUGGAGGUUUGAAUACACCCUAUCGAAGCAAUUAUAUUUUUCUCAAAAAA